AUGGGUAAUACAGAGAGCACGCUUGUACUCCCAUCGCCGGCACAGCAGCCGAUGACUCGUCGACAACCACAACAGCAGCGACAUCGAUCGUUCACUCCCACCCAAAGUUUGGACGAAAAGUUCGACGCCGUCCGUAUCGCUCACACCUCACCAACAGCCGCCGGCUCCGUUCUGGCCCAUAAUGCCGCCAAUGUCAGCGCAGCCAAAACAGAACAAUACGUCCACGAACUUCUCAAAGACCCCAAGAACCGUCUUGGUCUCUCCGCCCUCAGCACUGCGAACCCUUCCGCUGUCCUUGAGAUACCCUCCGCAAUCCUCAAAGACACUCAAUACUUCAACAUAACCAUUCCACACGAGGGAAGUCCAGUAACGAACCAGCGCUCCAGUGGCCGAUGCUGGAUCUUUGCCGCUACGAAUGUCUUUCGCAUCGCCAUCCAGAAGAAGUAUGACAUCCAGGCCUUCGAACUCAGCCAAGCAUAUCUGUUUUUCUGGGACAAGGUCGAGAAGGCAAAUUAUUUCCUUGAAUCCAUACUCUCAACAGCAGAAAAGGAAGCAGUAGAUGGCCGGCUCGUAUCAGCGCUAAUGGCGAGUCCCGUAGGCGACGGAGGACAAUGGGAUAUGAUUGUAAAUCUCGUGAGCAAAUAUGGCAUAGUACCGCAGACAGUGUACCCAGAUAGUUGGAACGCCAUGAAUAGCUCGACCAUGGAUCGAUUGGUGACGACGAAGUUACGGGAGGACGGACUGAAGCUACGGAAGAUGAAGAAGGGAGGAGCGAGUGUGGCACAGAUAGCAGAUGCGAAGGAGGUUAUGAUGCAGGACGUUGUGCGAAUCUUGACAUUGUGUCUUGGUCCACCCCCUUGCAAAGAUGAGAAGUUCACCUGGGAAUACUACGACUCCAAGCACAAAUAUCACAAAACAUCCCUCACACCACUCGACUUUGCUGCUUCGGCAGACGUGAAGAAGUUCAUCUCGCUAGUCAACGACCCACGAAAUGAGUAUAAUCGUCUCUUGACCGUCGAUCAUUUAGGCAACGUCUGGGAUGGACGACCAAUCACCUAUAUCAACGUCGAUAAGAUUGUGCUGAAGGAAGCUUGCGUAGCGAUGUUGAAGAAAGGCCUUCCCAUCUUCUUCGGCUCGGACGUAGGAAAGCAAUCUGAUUCCUCCAAAGGGAUCAUGGAUACUGAUCUCGUGGACUACGAGCUAGGCUUCAACAUCAAGCUGGGUAUGUCAAAAGCUGAACGCUUGUUGACAGGUGAGAGCCAAAUGACGCACGCUAUGGUUCUUACCGCUGUCCAUAUCGACAGCGAGGGCAAGCCUGUCAGGUGGCGAGUCGAGAACAGUUGGAGUGAAAGUGCUGGGACGGAUGGGUAUUUUGUUAUGAGUGAUCGGUGGAUGGAUGAGUUCUGCUAUCAGGCUGUCGUUGAUCCUGAGGUUGUGGCUAAGGAUGUCAGAGAUGUACUAAAGCAGGAGGCGAAGGUGUUACCACUAUGGGAUCCUAUGGGUGCGUUGGCGUAG